AUGAACAACGACUCUAAAGGUUCGCUUGAUUUGGGCGCUGAAAGGUCUCUCACCGUCGCAGAAGUGGCCCUCAGUGCCGCUUUUCUGUGCCUUGUGAACAUCGGUAUAAUCGUCGGGAAUAUUCUUGUGUUAAUAGUAGUGUGGCGGACUUCAAAACUUCACAAGCCGAACUACUACUUUUUGUGUAGCCUCAGCGUAGCUGAUUUACUGGUGGGAGUAAUCUACUGCCCUUUGCUUAUCGCCAGCGUUAUUAAUCAGACAUGGGUGUUUGGAAGUGUUGUGUGCGUAGCCCAUGCCGUGACAAUUUGUAUAUCACUGAACGCAUCACUGAUGAGUUUGUGCGCCAUCUCGAUCGAUCGCUACUACUUCAUUACCAAACCUCUGCACUACCGAGAGAUCGUGACCAGUCGAAAGACCGCGAUCUCCAUCGCUUUGGUGUGGUUUCAUUCCGUAUUCUGGGCCGUGGCGCCUUUAUUUAACUGGGGAGAGUACGUCUACGAAGAAAGUACCGCAACUUGCAAACCCAACUGGAGCGGUGAUGAACUUCUUGACAAGACUUACGCGCUUUGCUUAGCACUGAUGUGUUUUUUGCUUCCGGUUUUAGUGAUGAUUAUUGCGUAUUUAAGGAUCUACAAGGCAGCUCGGAAACAACUACGCAACAUUCAGAACAUUCAACUUUCUGGAACAGCUGCAAACAGCAUGGACGUGACGAAAUCUCACAAAGCUGCAAGAACUGUUUCUAUAAUCAUUGGCAUGUUUUUCCUUUGUUGGUCCGUGUAUACGGCGGUUUCCCUGUGGAAGCUGUUCGCCUCGUUAAGCGAGCUCCCAGCUCGUCUUGUUCGUGCUGGUCUGUAUCUUGCUGUGUCCAACAGCUGUGUCAAUUUUUAUGUGUACGCCGUCAGAGACAAAAUUUUCCGACAAGGACUUCGGCAUAUGUUUGUCUCUCACCGAAGUAAUUACAUGUACGAGGAUGGGACUUCUUCGAACCUGAGUCGAGCAGCGAGGACAACUCCCUCACAUUCGCGAACGGCAUUAGAACUCGGUUUUCCGGCUGCGGCUAGUCUUAGUCAGCGUUUUUCAUUUCACACAUCUUUAUGA